UCUGUGGAGUCUCCUGGCAACUAACUAAACAAACAAUGUUGCGAAGUUGUGACAGCUGCUAGAUUAGAUUGUGUAUGUUUUGUGUGAAAUGUUUUAACCAUAACUUAUGUGUAAUAAUUGUGAUGUGAUGAAUUAUUUUAUGUUUCAAACAGUGCAAAAUCUAGUACGUUUUAAAGGAACAUUCACAUGGGUAUUGCAUUAUUAAAGUCAAUAGUAAUACCUUGCAGGGAAAUGAUUUUAAAUUAGUAAUGGCGGCAAUAUGCUGCUAACCUAUAAUGUUAUAGUGAAGUGAAGUAUCUCGUUUUUUAACUUAAAAUAUAUAUUUUAACUAAAUGCCAGGAUAAUGACCUACUUUUUAAUAGUACUGCAUUUUAAAAGUGUCAAGUUUUUUGUGUUUAAUAAGUGAAUAAUCGUGGAAGGCUUCGCAUAACAUGAAAGUCACUGUGUGUUUUGGUUCUGUGCGUGUCGUGGUGCCCUGUGGUGAUGGAGAAAUAUUAGUGAAGGAUCUCAUACGCCAGGCGAUUACACGAUAUAAAAAGGCAACUGGAAAGAGUGCCGACUCGUGGGUGGCUGUACACAGUCUUCAGUCCCAGAGCGAUGGAGGAAUCCUGGACCCUGACGACAGACUCAACGACGUGGCUGAUGACAGGGAACAGAUCAUCGCUACAUUCGAGGACGGUGAGCCUCCGCUGCACCAUGGAGGAGACGGCGCCUCGGGCAGCAGUGUCGGCUCUCCGAGUCCUGACAUGUUCCAGGGCUCCGACAAGUAUAGGACAGACAUUGAGGUGACUGAUGAACAGAUAGCCUCAGGAACAUCACUACAGGUGCGGCGAGGCAGUGAGCCUGCUCUGAACCAGCUGCUGCCCUCUACAGGGACCACCAACGGACAUCUGCCUGUGGUGGCUGAGAAGACAUCCAAGAGGUGGUCAGCAGCCCCCAUCAUAGUGGAGCCUAGAGCUCCGGUCAGAAAGGAGGAGAGAGGAAUGAAUGGUCACACAACGGAGAGGUGGAGUCACAAUGAGAGGGAGGUGUCGCCUCAGAGGAACUUCACCAGGGACGGCUGUAGACUGUCCAUGCAGUACCUGGGGGACGGGCCUGGAGGGAUGAAAUGGAUGGACGCAGCAGACAGAGCUCUCAACACCAGGGUUCAGUCGUUGUCUCUUCCCCGUGAGACUAGACGCAAGGAGCCACUCGGCCAGGCUACCACCAGUCCUGCUGAACAUGACAGCACACAAUAUAUCGUGCUGGACACGGAGAGUGGAGCACUGGGUAUCCACGUGGUGCCAGACUACGACAGCCAAGGCAAGGACCAGGGGCUGCUGGUGCAAGGGAUAGAGCCAGGGGGUCGGGUAGACAGGGACGGCAGACUGGCUGUGUACGACCGCAUCGUGGAGAUCAACGGACACAACCUGCUGGACCAGCCGUUCAAUGUAGUUCAAGACAUUUUCCGAGAUUCGCUGCGUUCGCCAGAGCUGAGGUUGAGAGUGGUGAAACACAAGCCUGGUGUCAAGAAGCCCCCUCCCCCCGUGUAUCCCAAACCACCCCCUCCUCUACAAGACCGGGACGCCAUGGUGGAGGGGGAGGAGAGAAGUGUGAGUACAACGACCAAAGUAGCGACAGUGUCGCCAACCAAGAAGCUGCCAGCCACACAACACGGGACUAACACUCUACAGUUGGCCAAUACCAGGAAGAUCGGACGCAAGAUGGAGUUGGAGCUGGUGAAGGGGCCUCACGGUCUCGGCUUUAGCAUCACUACCAGGGAUAACCCUGCCGGGGGCAACUGUCCUAUCUAUAUCAAGAACAUUCUGCCCAAGGGAGCUGCGGUAGAGGACGGCCGAUUGAGGCCGGGGGAUCGUCUGCUAGCCGUGGAUGGUGUGGAGUUGACGGGCAAGAGCCAAUCAGAGGCCGUAGCAUUGCUGCGUAAUGUUCCACCCGGGGGCAGAGUCAAGAUCGUGGUCUCCCGCCAAGAAGAAACUUCCCACUCACCUAAAUCUGUGGAUUCCGGCCCAGAGUCCUUAAACUCCUCUGUGUCUUCUGGCAUCAAACCUCUUGAAAAGGAGAUCAAGAUGUCUCCACAGAAUAAGUCCCGAAGUUCAGAGCCCAGUCAGCUGGAUGAGAGCGGACUGUACCCUUGGAGACAGCGAGAGAUUCUCACUUUCGACAUCCCCGUUCACGACUCUGAGAAGGCAGGUCUUGGUGUCAGUGUCAAAGGCAAGACGUCAGCCAAUCAAAAUGCCAACCCUAACUCAAGCAAUGGGUCUGCAAUAGACCUUGGCAUCUUUGUGAAAAACGUCAUCCAUGGAGGUGCAGCUUCUAGGGACGGCAGGCUGCGUACAAACGAUCAGUUGUUGAACGUCAACGGUGUCUCAUUGUUGGGGUUGAGCAACGCAGCCGCCAUGGAGACCUUGCGCAAGGCCAUGAUGCGCAUCGAUGGCCCUGCGCCAGGCUGUAUCACUCUGACAGUGGCGCGCCGGGUGCCAGAACUGCGCCAUAGUAACGGAGACAGUACCCGGCGUGACUCUUUGUCCAGCCUGCUCACCGACUCUUCGGGUCAGACAGAGACAUUCGGAGGUCUCAGUCUAGACUCUAACCUCACUCCUGACAACUCGGGAGCUUCUGAAAACUCCGAUAACACUGUGAUAUUCCAACCACCCUACAAGCAGCACAACCACCUCGACGGAGUUGCCAUGAGGAACCCUGUUCUGGAGAGGUUGACGGGUCAAACACAUCCUCAGGGGCUACGGAAUGAGAGCUACUAUCGGGCGACACAUCACACGACCAUGCUGCUGAACAACACCAGCCAGCUGGGCAGUCCCACAGUCAACCAAACACCGCCUGAGACUGUUAUCAUAGAGGACGACUCUCCUUACAUCCCAGCCACUGUGCGGAGGGUAGAAGUGGACAGUUCAGUGACAUCUCCACAGAGAGGCAGCACCAGCAGUACUCAGACGGUGGACGCUACCUACGCCAGCCAGCUUUCACUGGAAGAGGCCGCUGGGUUCUCUCGAGAUGCGUUUGGUCGUCAAAGCAUGUCAGAGAAGCGACACGCAACCCUCGAUGCCAAGAACACGGACACGUACCAGCGCAACAAGAAACUGAGAGAAGAGCGAGAGAAGCAGCGGCGAGACGAACUGAUGAAACAUGGCAAGAUGUCCAGAGAUGGAGCUACAGGAAUGAUACGAGUCAACUCUGCAGAGUCCAUAGCCCGAUCUGACCACAACAAUGAGGCAGUGUCCAAAGCUCAACUCGGACCUUCUCUUGGUAUGAAGAAGUCUUCUAGUCUGGAGUCCCUGCAGACCAUGGUGCAAGAAAUACAGAUGCAGGAAGAUGUAGGGACGUAUCGUAACGCUCAAGGUGCCAUCAGAGUAGUGCGUGGUCGAGGGUGCAAUGAAAGUUUCAGAGCCGCAGUCGACCGCAGCUACGACGCACCACUCAGUCUGCGGAUGGAGCCUUUGGCGGAGGACGAGACGGAAGGUGUGUUGGGUCCUCGACAGUCUUCCCUCAACACGGCCAUGGACUGCAAGAUGAUCAAGGCAAACAAGAAAAAGACUGGACUCAGCCUCAAAAACUUGUUCAAGUUCGGCAAACACCGGAAGGAAGGAGGGAGUGGGUCGGACAUUGGAAUAACAGGGGAGGAGGAAAGGGAGGCUGCACGGAGGAUUGAACAGCAGAGGAUGAGAGAGGAACAGGAGAGGAUACAAGAGCAAUACAGGAGACUGAUGCAGAGACAGCAGGAGAUGAAGCAGGAGCAGGCCAUGCAUCAGAGAGAGCUAUCUGGCGGCAGUGAUGGUCCCCAGUCUAUGGGAGGUGGUAGCACGGGCAGUGGUGGUGGGGGAGAGGUGACGCGGACAGAGAGGAUACAACAGCUGCGCGCGCAGCACCAGCGGCGACACGCAGAGCGACACAGACAAUACCCUCUGGACGAGAAGGAGGAGAGAUACGAGGCUGCACUUCGACAGAGUAUCACACCACCCACGUACUACAGAACUGUUCAGGAACAUUACCUAAAGAGGCUGGAAGGACCAGAGUUCGAUCCCAGUGCCAUGACCAGACCCGGCAGUCGAGUUGGUAUCACUGAUCCUGCUCGGUUCAGCCACUAUGUCAACUACCAGGAGAUCCAACAGCAUCUCAAUUCGGAGAGAGAGCAAGUGAGACUGAGAAGGCCUGCACCCCCUCCCCCCUCCCCUGGUGACCUUGUGGGGGCGGACGACAGUCGAAGGCAGCAACAUUACCACUCUCAGCGAAGAGAUCCUCGAGAAGUGUCUCAUCGACCUGUCAGCAACUUUUACGAGUACGAGAGUGUGCAGGCCGUGCUGCGAGGCGACGGACAUAGUAACUCACUGCCUCGUCGUCAAGACAUCGCCCCCACCCAUGGAAUUAACAACAACCAUAGAGGUAGCGGGAACUAUGGGCAGCCGCCAAGAUUGUACCAGCCCUUCCUCAACCAGCCGCAGGUCUACCACACAAACAACAACAUUCAGCAGGGCUACCACCACAACAACAAUAACAACAACAAGCAGCGGAAGCCUCACGGGCCGUUCGUAACUCAUGUUACAAUAAGAGAAUCACAGUCUACGAGUCCAAAUGUCUGAUGAUUGCUCAAUGUUUAGAAUCGCCAUAAGUUGUCACAAACUGUGCAAGCAGCUUAGUGAUCUAUGUAAAUUCUUUCAUCUUCCUUUCAGUAUUUAAAAUUUGAGCUUAACACGUGAUUAAUAAUUUGAUUCUAGCUACACGUCAGUUGAGUAUCAUUUAGACAUUGCUCAUGGACUGGGCGCAAAUACACAAAAUAUUGGCUUUUUACAAGUAAGAUAAUAAUGGCUUUUUCUAAGAUUAUGUUUGUUCACCUGGUUUUAAUUAAAGGAGCACCAAACGCUACACGCCAAUAAUCACUUAGAUUUAAAUUUGAUCUGAGAAUAGAUAAAAAAUGUGUGAGUUCCUUCUCUUUCAAAAUAAUGGUUUUUUUAUUGCAUGUAUUGUGUGACACAACAACAAAACACCAUUACCAUUCAUUGUACUUUUAUAUUUAAGUUAACAUUCCAUUUUACAUUUUAUUUUUUAUACUUAUUUUAAUAUUCCAAGCAUUGUGAUGAAAUGAGUAUUUUGUGUAUUAUUUGAGACCUUAUUAAUCUGUGAUUGAAAGAAAAAAUUAUAUUUUUGAUUUAGCUGAUUUUAAUAAGUUCAUUGUGCCGGUUUUAUUCUAAGAAUAUAUGUUAAGUGUCAAUCAUAUGUGGUGCAUGCAUUGAUCAUUUCAAUUGUAUUAUUUUUUAGAGUUAUAGAAUUUUUAGAAAGUUAAAACUUACAUUAGAAAUUUUUAUAAGCAGUUCUCUUAACAUUCAUACAGCCUAUAUUUUUUUCUUGGCUAGAAAUUGUAUUUAGGAUUAAAUCCGUUUGUUUCCAGUAAUAUUAUAAGUUUUUUAAGUAAAUGUUUAACAGAUCAUAAUUUCAUUGUUUCCAGCAGAGCAAUGUGAUUUGAAUAUUAUUUUAAAAUAUUUCCAUACAAUGGUUAAAGACAAAAAACUAACUUGAUCCUAGGUUUUCCAGUAGUUAUAAUUUUAAUUUUUGACUACCCUUUUGUUAGUUUUAUUGAAUAAGUGAGAUAAAAAGCAAUACAAAUGUGAUAUUUUACUAACAGUAAUGUUUUGAUUAAAAAUAUUUGAAAAUGAAAGACAAUCAAAGGCAUUGUUACAUUUUAAGAAGCCUCUUAAAGAUUUUUAAUAUGUUAUACUAGUCUUGUUGUAUUUAGGCAUUGUAAAAUGUAAUGUUCCGUCCAAUUUUAAAGAAUUGUACUUAAUAAUAUUUUUUAUAUAAUAUUUGCGCUGACAUAUCAUUUAUUUUAUACAAUAUGUGAAAACUUGUUCAGGUAAUAGGGGUACAAUUUUUAACUGUAAACCUUGCAUGUAAAUAUGUUUGGACAAAAAAUCCCUCGAAAAAGUAUUAUUAUUAAUAUAAGUAUAUCUAUACACAGUUUAUUUUAUAUGGCUUUUAUACUUAAAACUAAAACGUCCUUAUGGCUUAUAGUUUGUGUUCAAUAUUUUUUUUUUAUGCCUUGGGCAACAUUAGAUAUGUCACCAACUUAAUUUAGAAGUUGGCCUAAGCUCUGUCUAAACUUAAAAAAAAGAACGACAAUAUGUCUUGACUAAACCAGUGUAGGAUUGUUAUCACACGUAUUACAAAAAAAUACUUCGGAUUAAAUUUUAGGAAAAGUGUAAUCACGCUGAAAAUUGUCUAUGUAAUUUUGGCUGUGUUUUAAAAAGUUUGACAACCAUAGGUAUUAAGAAAGUAAUUACUUUAAUUUUUUUUCUCUUUCAUUUGUCAUUUAAAAUCUGUUACAGUUAACGUUAUCAAUUUACACUACAAUUUUGAACUAAAAUGUCUGAAAUUUUUCAACAUGUAAAUAUAAUGUAGGCCUACUGUACUUACAAAGCACUGAAAGUAAUUUUAACGCUAUGUCUUACUUAACAGGUUUUGCCUGAAUUUUAGUUUAACUACGAUUAGUUUGUUGUAAAUUAUUGUAUUUGUAUCAUUGUUUAAUUAAUUGUAUAAAUUGUGUAAAUUAUUUAAUGUAAUAUUCUUCAAUAACUAUUGUUAAUUAUUUUAAUUUUAAAUAGACAUAAGUUGUACAUUGUAUGAAAAGCUCAUGUAAAUACUAAAUAUCUAAGACAAUACAAGAUCAUUAUUUCUAUAAA